UGGUUAUAAAAUUCGGUUGCAGUUCGAGUUCGAUUUUGCCCUUUUCGGUUAUUAAACGGUUCGAGUGAAGUAUCGGUUCGGGUAAUUGCGGUUCGGUAAACCUAAAAAACUUACAUUUUUUCGGGUCGGAUUUUCGGGUCGGGUUUGUUUUGAACAGCUCUAAAAACACACAAUACUUGUCAGAAAAAUGCAAAUGCUUCCCACAAACUUUCCUCUUUCCACUCCAAACCCAAAACCAUCCCAUUAUCUCUCCUCCAUUAAUGCAAUCUCCACACUCUCUCUCCUCCCCAAACUCUCUUCCCUCUCUUUAAUCCACAACCACCUUCCUCCGUUCAGCAUCAUUCGUAUGGGUGGCGGUCCUAGAACCUUCCCAGGAGGCGUUUCAAAAUGGCAAUGGAAAAGAAUGCAAGCCAGGAAAGCCCAACAACUCCUUAAAGCUCGUUUAGCUCGUGAACGUCAAAUCUACGAAAUGCAUAAACGAGCUGAACUUAAAGCUGCUGUUUCAAAUCUUGAACGUCCAUGGGAAGUUGUUCAAAAGGAUGCUCUUAAAACUUCUUCUUCACUUUUCUCUGUUUCUGCUGACGAACAACUUAAUGGUUUAGCUGACCGAUUUCAGAAACCUGGUGGUUUUGAUUUGUGGUCUGAGAAUGAUGGGCCUCAGAUUUUUCAUACUCCUGAUGGUAAUUUGCCUUCUUCUAGGUUUUUCCCUAAAGGGGUUGUUCAUAGUAUUAAGCCUUAUGGUCAGAUUGAUGAAGGUAAAGGUGAAAAAUCGAGUAUUAAUCGAAGCCUUAAGGAUGGAAAUGGGAAGAAAUUGGAUAAUGGUGGUGGUAAAAAAGAUGAGAAUUUGUUGGGUUUGAAGGAAGGAAGAAGAAAGAUGAACUCUUCUUCUAAGAGCAAGGGUCGUUCUUAUGAUAGAAGAAGGAACUCAGAACAAGUAUGGGAAUUUAGAAGUAGUUCUAAUGGUGGAGAUGAUGUGUAUGAUAUGAGUUUGCAAGGUGAUGGUAGUUAUGAGUUUAGUGCUGUUCAGAAUGAUGAUGAUAAUGGUGGAAAAUUAGGGUUUUGAUGUAUUCUUGUUUAAGGAAUGCAAUUGCAUACAAUUAUAUAUUGAUUAUACAAAGAAAGUGUAAGCUGAAACCUUUGUUUUAUCAUGAUUUUAAAUAUGGCUAUUUGUUAUAUAUUGCUUUUCUGAUGAGUUUGUUUUAGACUGAUUUCUUAUUACAUUGAUUAUGCUGAUAA